CAGCGGUGCAUUUUGGGAAACAAAAUGUCUCCUGUCAGUGCUAGCUAGGGGAUUAUUGAAAAUUUAAACGUUAUCUUUUUAACAUAUUUUAAUGUUAGCCUUCGUGUCGGAUAUCCGGUACAAUUUACCGCCGUCAUGUCAGCGAAAGUGGAGCCCAAAGUAAGAAGUGAGUCCAGCACAAGAUCGGAUGAUAAAAGGGGGUCAAGGAGCACAGGGAGAGAAAAAAGGAAGCGGAAACGUAGCCGCAGCAGAUCUUCUUCAUCAUCUCCUUCCAGCUCAUCGUCUUCAUCAUCCUCAUCAUCUUCAUCAUCAUCCUCUUCAUCAUCCUGCUCUUCACGUUCAUCCAGUGCCAGUCGGAGUAGUUCUAGUAGCAGCAAUGAUUCCCGCAGUAAAUCCAGAAAGCAAUCUAAGAAAAAGAAGAAGGAGAAACAACAGAAAAAGGACCAGAAAAAGAAAAAGGGGAAGAGGCAUAAACGUAAAAAGGACAAGCAAAAUAGAGGGAAAGAAGAAAGCUCUGGACCUGUGCAGAUUUCCAAGUACUUGAAAGAGCGAAAGAAAGGUGGAAAGUACAGCAUGAUCUCAGGGAAGAGGAUAAAGAUGAAAGUGAAGAAAUCAAAGAAGGACAAACAGCAAGACAAAAAUCGUGCAGAGCUACUCGAGUUCCUCAACUCCACACUGUGAAGACAUUGUGGACACUUAAAAAAAGAUUUGCUCCAGCUCGGACAUGUCAGUUUUCCUCAUCAGAACUCAGGAAACAACAUGCCCAUCCUUGCCAGCUCUCCAGGGAAAUUAUAAUAAAAGGUUAUCACAGCAAGAGGUGAGUAAAUGGCCUACACCAUUCCACAGUGGACCACAGAAGCUGCCUGGAACCGAGGACUGGUCUCCCCUCGCAGUAAAAUCUGCUCUUACUCUGCGCUCAGCCAGUAGCAACCACGUCACCAGACUACUGUCCUACGGCUAAUUUCAGGUUUUACUGUUUGCCGCAGUGCCAAGAGUGGUCCAGUGAUAGGCAGAACUUUUACAAAAUGCGCAAACAACUUGACAUAGACAAUUGAUGCCCCUAAACAUUCAAGCUGUGGCCAAACUGUCACAGAGGAAACAAAGCUAAAAAUAGUCCAUGUUGGCCCAUUACUAUGAAUUCUUUAAACUACAUGGUUUUUAGCUUCAUUUCCCUCUGCAGGCAUCCUGGUUGUUCUCUCAUUAUUUUAUUUUAUUUUUUACUCUGCAACUAAUGUUUAUCAGAGCUAUUACUGUUUUUGAUACUGCCCCUUUAUUUUUCCGUAAGUUUAAGUUAAUUCAGUUGGCUUUUGUUAUGGGCACCACAGUGUUAUCAUUGAUAAGGCAGUGGGAAUGUGUAAUAUAAUUGUAAGCUUUGUUAAAAAUUGAUGCAAAAAUUGGGACUUGUUUAGAAUCCGGUGCACAUUCUCUCAUUUACCGAUGGUUGAUCGUGUCAUAUAAAAUGUUCUCGGCCCGCAAUCUGUUAAAUCUGUUAUGGUCUUUCAUCAUGUUAGUUUUAAUUAACUGACAUGAUCGAUACAAACCCUGAUAUUCUGCCGACAUCAAAAAAUUUGUCAGACUUAUUUGGAUAACGGAGUAUACCUGUUGUAUAUUGUUGUACUUCAUGUGGCAAACUGAGUAAAUGGCAAUAAACUGCUGGAAAAAUUUCAUAA